UUUUCUCCUUGAACCUGGAAGAUUAUGGGUCAAGAGCUGUGUGCAAAGAGUCGACAACCUGGGUGCAGCUGCUACCACCGUUCGGAGGGAGGGGAGGCGCGCAGCUGGCCGAGGGGUCAGCCGGUGGCGAAGGAGGCUGCGCUGCAGCUAACAGACCUAAAAGAAGCAUCUUGUUCCAUGACUUCAUUCCACCCGCCGGGGGAACGUCAGGCUGUCAGUGCCGGGAAGUUAAAGAGUAAAAGGCCACGGAGUAACAGCGAUUCUUUUCAGGAAGAGGAUCUGAGGCAGGGUUUUCAGUGGAGGAAGAGCCUCCCUUUUGGGGCAGCCUCCUCCUACUUGAACUUGGAGAAGCUGGGGGAAGGCUCUUACGCUACAGUUUACAAGGGCAUUAGCAGGAUCAAUGGGCAGCUGGUGGCUUUAAAAGUCAUCAGCAUGAACGCAGAGGAAGGAGUCCCAUUCACAGCUAUCCGGGAAGCUUCUCUCCUGAAGGGUCUGAAACAUGCCAAUAUCGUGCUCCUGCAUGACAUAGUUCACACCAAAGAGACACUGACAUUUGUUUUCGAAUACAUGCACACAGACCUGGCCCAGUAUAUGUCUCAGCACCCAGGAGGGCUACAUCCUCACAAUGUCAGGCUUUUCAUGUUUCAACUUUUGCGGGGCCUGGCGUACAUCCACCACCAACAUGUUCUUCACAGAGACCUGAAACCUCAGAACUUGCUCAUCAGUCACCUGGGAGAGCUCAAGCUGGCUGAUUUUGGUCUUGCUCGGGCCAAGUCCGUUCCCAGCCAGACGUACUCUUCAGAAGUUGUGACCCUCUGGUACCGGCCCCCGGAUGCUUUGCUGGGAGCCACUGAAUAUUCCUCUGAACUGGACAUAUGGGGUGCAGGCUGCAUCUUUAUUGAAAUGUUCCAGGGUCAGCCUUUAUUUCCUGGGGUUUCCAACAUCCUUGAACAGCUGGAGAGGAUCUGGGAGGUUUUAGGAGUCCCUACUGAGGAUACUUGGCCUGGAGUCUCCAAGCUACCUAACUACAACCCAGAAUGGUUCCUGACGCCUCAGCCUCAGAGACUUCAGGUCGUAUGGAACAGGCUGGGUGAGGUUCCUGAAGCAGAAGACUUGGCCUCCCAGAUGCUCAAAGGCUUUCCUCGAGCCCGUGUGUCCGCCCAAGAUGCGCUCGACCAUGAAUAUUUCCGUGCCCUGCCGCCUCAGCUGUUCCAGCUUCUUGAUGAAGAGUCUUUGUUUACGGUUUCAGGAGUGAGGCUGAAGCCAGAAAUGUGUGACCUUCUGGCCUCCUACCGGAAGAGUCACCACCCAGCCCCAUUUACCAAAUGCUGGUAAAAAGAAGGGUGAGGUCACCGAGCUCCUUCCAGGACCACAUUCAUGCUGCUUCAGUUUUCAUUUGCUUCAGCCCACUGAGAAGCUUCUGAUCUAUCGCCACUGGGACCAGAGGUCAUAUACUGUCACCUCUCACCUGGAGUAUUUUAUUUUAUUUUAUUUUAUUUUUUUUUUGGUUUUUCUCCGGUACCGGGAA